AUGGCUUCCAAGCAGUCUUUUUCCAUAAAUCAUGGCAUGUGGUGGGUUUGGAAGUUACCAGGUGUGUUAGAUUUCUUGGGUGGAGGGGAACUGUCUGAUGGUAUUUGCAAUAUUUUGGUUACCUUUCUUCCUAAAGUAGAUUCUCCUGAGCAUUUGAGUCAAUUUCACCCGAUUAGCCUCUCUAAUGUGUUGUUUAAGCUGAUUACCAAGGUUAAUGCUAACAGAAUUAAGUUGGUGCUUAUUGAAAUUAUAUCCCCCACUGAAAGCAGCUUUAUCCUGGGUCGCCAGAUUUAUGAUAAUGUUAUCGUGUUGCAGGAAGUGGUUCAUUCCAUGCAGCAUCGGUCCACUGGGGCUGGUUGGAUGUUUUGA